AUGCUACGAUCAUUCCAGUCCAAACUGUUUCGAAUGAUGCACACAGCUUCGAAGUCGCAGAAAUAUGAACAAUUCUUCCGCUACACCAGUGGGAGGUGGCUAUGGGAUGAAGAGAAAGAGCUUCCUGAGAGCAUUGGUGCGAAGACGUGUGUCUCAAUGAUCAAGCUGGCCGAAGGCGGAUAUAACAAGGUGUUUAGGCUGGUAAUGGAUAAUGGUUCUGUUGCCAUUGCACGCAUACCAUGUCCCAAUGCUGGUCCUGCGUUUAAGACUACCGCUUCCGAGGUUGUAUGGACUUUAACUAUUCUUAAUAUAGCGGUUCCUAAAAUCCACGCCUGGAGUGCUGUCGCCGACAAUCCCGUCCAGGCAGAGUAUAUUGUGAUGGAAAAGGCCCUGAGCCGAUCGCUAGCAGAUGUAUGGGGAGAUAUAGGGCUUCGGUCGAAAGAUAAAGUUAUUGGCGACCUAGUAGCUACCGAGAAGAAGCUGCUCUCGGUGUCAUUUACCCGAUAUGGCAAUAUUUACUUUACAAAAGAUUCGUUCCCUGGGUGCGAAAGGGCCGAUGUUUCUGGCGAUAUUUCUGUAGAGCUGAAAAGAGAGGCGGAAGAGCGCUUCGUAAUUGGCCCAGUGUUAGACCAUGCUUUUUGGAGAAAAGAGCGACCAUCAAUACCAAUUGAAGGGGCCCUUGUACGGAAAACCGCCCAUGAUUACCUCAAAGCUCUAGCCAACAACCAAAUCAAAGCAUCAGAUACUCAAAAUUCCCCCGAUGCUCACAUUGCACUUUACAAGAAAUACCUAGACAUCUCUCCAUAUAUUUUACCAGAAGAUAAGAGUAUGAGUCGCGCCACUCUCUGGCAUUGGGACAUGCACGCCCCGAAUAUUUUUGUCAAAGAUGACAGGAUUACUAGUCUCAUCGAUUGGCAAUCUACAUGGGUUGGCCCUCUAUUCCUUCAAUACCGCUAUCCGAAGCUUGUUAAUUACACUGGUGAGGUAAUGUUGAGGCUCCCUGAGAACUACAAAGACAUGGAAAAGAGUGAAAAAGACCGGGUAUCAGACCAGGUUGAGAGGUCUCUUGUGCAAUUUCUAUAUGAGACGGAAACUAAGAAACAGAAUCCGCUACUUGUCAAAGUAAAUGAUACUCCCCAAGGGACAACGAGAAGGCGAACUAUCGAAUUCGCCGAGGAUACCUGGGAUGGAGAUAUAUUACCUUUCAGGCAGUGUCUUAUUAGGUUAGAGAGGCAUUGGCAUGAAAUGGGGUUUGAUGUUCCUUGCCCUAUCCAUUUUUCCGAGGAAGAUAUACAGAACCAUAUGCGUGACGGCGAAGGAUGGAAUGAGCAGGCCGACUUCUGGGAUGGAUUAGAAGGAGUUGUUGCUCGUGACGGGUGGACCUCGAACGAGACGUAUGAAGAAGCCCUCAAGAUGUUUGCUGGACUUCGAGAGGAGGGACUGAAGCAGAUGACUGGUGAGGAGGGGAGUGAUUUUGAGAAGCGGACCAGAUUGGCUUCCAUGGCCGAUCGAUUAGGAUGGGGAGCGUAUCAACCAACUAAACUAGAUGAUUACAAACAUCUCCCAACUAAGCGACUAACCGCUUAA